AUAUACAUGAAGGGCACCUGCAAGGCUUCAGGGCACAGUUUUUAAUCGCUCGGAACAUUUCGGCCAUGGCCGAGUUGUUACGGUUGUAAAACAAGGUCUAUCUCGAAGCUUUGUCGGAGGAGGCCGAGUUAUUACGAUUGUAUCGAGUUGCUCCCCUUCGCAUAAUUGUUUUCUGUGUCAGUCAACUUUCGUUUUAUUGGAAAGAUUGAAUGCAAAUAAUAAGCCCCCAGCUUAGUCAUGGAGUUUGCAGAGUUCAUAAAAACGCCGAUGGUAGAUCGCGUGAACCUGCGGAAGCCGUUCUGCAAGCCAGUGGAAGGGACACUGUGCAUCACGGGUCACCAUCUCAUACUUUCAUCCCGACAGACGAAUAGGGAGGAACUCUGGCUUCUGCACUCAAGUGUUGACAGCGUAGAGAAGCGUCUCUCAGGGUCUGGUGGGGUGGUGAUGAUCCGAUGUAAGGACUUUACGAGACUUGCCCUCGAUAUUCCCACUGCAGAAGAGUGUUUGAAUGUGGCCCAGUCGAUAGAGCAGCUCUCACAUAUAGACGAUAUUACCCUGGCAUACCCGUUCUUCUACCGACCGACAUUCGACAUUCUGGAAGACGGCUGGCAUGCGUUUCAUCAGGAGUCAGAGAAAAAUCGAUACAAAUCCCUCCUGAAGGAAGAUUGGAGGAUAUCGACCGCUAACAAGGAAUACAGGCUUUGUCAAAGUUAUCCUCAGUCGGUGUUUGUUCCAAAAGCCGUCACGGAUGAAAUGUUGGUGAAGGUUGCGCAGUUCCGACAGAACGGGAGGUUUCCUGUACUUUCCUACUACCACCGAGAAAGCAAGGCCGUGCUGAUGAGGUGUAGUCAGCCUCUGACUGGAGCAAGUGGAAAACGAUGUAAAGAUGACGAGAAGCUCGUUAAUGCUGUUCUCGGCAUCGGUGUUCGUGGUUAUAUCAUAGACACUCGCUCACAGACCCUGGCCAAGCUGGAGAUGAAGACUGGCGGGGGCUAUGAGCCAGAGGCCCACUACUCACAGUGGAAAAGGAUCAACCAAUCGAUAGAGAGAAGACCGGUGUUCCAUGAAUCACUCAUCAAACUCAUAGAAGCAUGUUCCGACACAAGCGCUACACAGGACAAGUGGCUGUCAAAGCUUGAAUCUAGCGGUUGGCUGUCACACGUGAAAGACAUACUGACCUGCGCCUGUCUGGUGGCACAGUGCGUUGAUAAAGACGCUGCGUGCGUGCUUGUCCAUGGAUCUGAAGGCAUGGACACAACCCUCCAGGUGACAUCACUGGCACAGGUCAUAAUGGAUCCAGACUGCAGGACUUUUACUGGGUUCGAAGCAUUGAUAGAACGGGAAUGGUUACAAGCCGGUCAUCCUUUCACAGACCGAUGUGCGAAAUCGGCACAUGCAAUCACAAAACAGCGCCAAGAGUCGCCAGUUUUUCUCCUGUUCCUUGAUUGCGUCUGGCAGAUUUGGCAACAGUUUCCAUGCUCGUUUGAAUUCACAGAAGACUUCCUGAUCUUGUUGUUUGAACAUGCCUACUCUUCACAGUUUGGAACCUUCCUGUGCAACUCAGACUUGGAGCGGCGAUGUUUGAAAUUAGAGAGUCGAACUGUCUCACUCUGGUCUUACCUAAACCGACCAGAAGUGUUAGGACGCUAUAUCAAUCCAAUGUAUGACCCCAACCCUAUGGUGAUAUGGCCCUCAGUGGCCCCUCAGAGCCUGUUGUUAUGGAAUGGGCUCUUCCUUCGUUCCCACAUCAACCAGUGCAAGCAAGAAGAAGCAUGGACGGAAGUUGCUAAGAUCCGGCAGUAUGACAAAGAGUUGAGGUCAAAGGUCACCAAAUUGAGAAGACAUUUAGUGUGUUUAGAGAAAGAGGCCACAGCUGCAGGAGUUAUCCUUCCUGCAACCCUGGACGGGGAUGUGAACGGUUGUGUGAAAAAUUAGAAAAAUGUGUAAUUAUACACAACAGUUACCAGACAAUAACCCUGUGAUUGAAAUUAGCACAACUCAGCAAGCAUGACACUAGUCUGGUAAAAUGCUUUUCAGGCUUUCUCAAAUGUUGGGUUUUAAAUAUAUACAUGUACAUGUUGCAAGUCUUGUUUAUGUGUAUAUGCCAACCAAUAGCGUAAGAAUUUGGAUUUGUAUAUCCAAAGUUCUAAUUCUAAUGACUGAAAUCAUUUUUAAGAAUGGGAAAUCAGUCCAUACAUACAUAUAUAUAUAUAUGUCAAAUUAACUUUAAAUUUUAAAUAUUUUGUUAGUCAAAUCUGGUACAAUACAAUUCAGUUGUGUCAAAAAAGACACUAUUUUGUUGCAUACCGGACGUGUGCUUCCGGUUAGGUGACCAGUGCUGGAAAAACCCAUCUUACACCCACCAUGUAAGAUGAGUCACGUGCAACAACACGUGAUUUUUAAAGGAACUAUUUGACGUCAAUUGUGUUUUAAAAUUACUGCGCUUUAUGACGUUACUGGUAAACAACGUCGCACACGCUUUUUGGUGAAAUGUACAAAAGUGAGUUUUCUACGUUAAUUUUUCCACAGUGUUAAUUGUAGAUAUGCAAGAAAAAAUAUCAAUCAUGGUUUUCAGGUAUGGAGCGAAAAAUCUGACCCUCGGGCAUGCUGCGUGGCCGGUUACUCGGCAAGCCUUGUGACCGACUUUUGCAUGUGCCCUCGGGUUGGAUUUUUCUAUCCGCACCGGAAACACAUGAUAGAAACUUAUAUUAUACAACUGUAAAAUGAUAUUCUGCAUUAUAUUAAACUUAUUUGAAUAACCUAGUGUAUUAACACUAUUUAAGAAAUAUAACACACCACUGAGGGUCAUAUGGCAUUAUAAGGACCGGCCAGUCAGCCACCGAAG